UGGCGCUUGGUUUGUUCCGUGAAUAUCUUUGCGCUCGCGCUCGCACGGUCGUUGCUGCGAACUUUGUGCAACCCGGGUACAAAAUUCCCUAAAUUAAAGGUUGCUGCAGUACUGUACGAAAGUGCACGGUGUGGUCAUCAUACGCGCUUCUAGUGGCUUGUGGUUCAGGUGCAAACGUACCGUAAAGGUGACCGGUUAGGGGAGUCGAUUAGGUUAGCGAGACGGUGCAGUGUAGUUUUUUUCUGUUGUCGUUGUUUCCCUUACUUGUCGUUCGCGAACACCGACAGCACGACCAGCAAACAUUGUGCAAAGCAGCUCCUAAAAGGAAACGCAAAAUUUUCGAUACAACCAAAAAAAAACAUGUGCACAUGACAUCAUCCCCAUCCGCACAGUGUCAGUGAAUUCUUCCGCGAGCGUCUUCCAGAAUGACCAAUCUCGCCCGGUAUCAUCCGCAGCAGGGAAACGGGUUUGGAUCCGGUUGCUCCAUCCACGACUAUCCAGAGCAUCUAAAUCCAUUCUACGAAGAUGAAAAUCAUAAGCGGCUACGCUUUCUGGAUCGUAAAACCCAUCGGCGCGGUAGCUUGUCCAGUUUGCGCGAUGGCAUCCGCGAGUGGUGGCAAUAUUCAUCAAUUCGUUUCGGGAAGAAACGUUCCUCGACGCUAGGAGUAAACAAAACCUCUGAAAGCCCUCCACCAUUGAGAAGGGAUGCGUAUGAAGUCGACCCGUACGCUGGAACCAGCGGAUACCGUAACACUGUGAGUGGUUCGGCAACAGUACGCGAAAGCCAAUCGUACACCACGACACCUCUGUUUGUACGGCACACGCGUUACCGCAGCUCCUUACAAGAUCAACCAAAGGACACCCGUAACGAUGAAAUUGGAUUUACGAGGAACGAUCGCUACCGCAGCACAAUUCAAAAUGGGUUCGCCACGUACAACUCUGGGAUGGUUACGUCUACACCGAGAAAAAAGCAAGCUCCUCCCAAACCGUACGGCACAACACCACGAGUCCCGCAACAGGAGUAUAACAAUAUCAAUCCCUUCGAUGUAGAUGUGGAACCGGAAGGGGACACUUUGUCUACGGUUAGCGUGGAUAGUAGUUACAGCAGCACCCUACGAUCGCGCACAUCUGGAACCAGAACUCGCAACAAACGACGAGCCCCACCACCUCCUCCGGUGGCUGUUGCACCUGCAAACCGUAUUGUUACUACGCCCGAGGAACCAUCUGUAGAAGAUGUUCCAAACGAGGAUCUCCGCAAUCUUACCGCCGAAAUUGAAAGCUUCGUGCGUAUUUCAUCCGUAAACGGUGAUGGUGCUGUUAAGGAUACAUCAAAAGUGCGAUCAGAAGUCAACGUAGAGACGACAUUACAUCAGCAGCACGAUGUUAAUAAUAACAGUGCCCAUGCUGAGAUUCCUACAACCAUAUCAACGAUAGAGCGUGAAAUUGUGGCCGAAAACCGGGAUGUAGAGAUUGUUGCCAAGGAAUCGAAGGAGGUUCAGAAAUUAACGAACAUAGAACCUCAAACCACGCCAAAAGAAUGCAAUAAUGCCUUGAUGCACACGGCCAAACCUACCGUGGUACAAACUGACACAGUGAUUACCGUAGACACUACUGUUGCAUCUGUUCCUAUCGAAACGAACCCGACACCUUCACCGAGGAAAAAGGUUGAGAAAAUUCAACCGGAGGUUAAGCAAGAAGCGGCUUCUUCCCAAGCUGAUGUCGAUUUCGAAAACUUGGCCCUCCCAGAAACCCCAGUUCCCACACGAAGAUCGAAUCGUGAAAAUCGUGAGAAGUACAUUACCCAAGAUGUUAGCACUGUGAAGAAGUUGACAAACGAAAAGCCAACUGUACCCAAUCCACUUCCACCAACAACCGAGGAAGCAGACGACGAAGGACCAACGACGACGAUCAUUGUGGAUAAUUUGCAGUACAAGCACAAGGUGGCUCCAAUUCAUACUGAGAUUAGUAGCAAAAUCGAAACGGCGCGUAUGAAGAUAAGUGAAUCGACCGGCAACAUACCGAUGAUUGCGGGUGAAAACAGUGCCAACGAAAGGCGUCGUUCAGUUCGCGAUAUUAUCGAGUCCAUCAAUAAGAGCCAGAGUAUGCUCAAGGUGAACCACGAACAGUCAGCCAAUAGUCUGCACGAGACACAAUCGACCGACAGCAUGCUGCGGAAUAUAGACGAGCUAAACGAACGUGAAAAGGAGAUCCAGAACUUGUUGCACGACAUUGAUGCACGCUACAGCGCAACUAAUGUUCAAUCUGCUGAUGCCCUUAACGCAACUGCCUCAACCAGCGAACAUGUAGUAACUCCGGGUCGCGGAUCAUACUAUGAUAACUUAACCGAUGACAACAUUAACGACAAUCUGGACGAAAAAAACAACAUGUACGCCGCAUCGGGCUUUAGGAUUAAGAAAAGUCCUACCAAAACGGUAAUCAUUGCGGAAGGGGACGAUCAACAGUUUCAGGAUUGCAUCAAUUGGAAUCCACUACCAAAACCUAGACGUAGCCAUAUUUUGGAGGAAAAGGGUGCAGAUAUUGAGCAAUCUGUAACGGUCCCUACCGCACCCUCCUAAUGUGUGUAGCUAGUUUGUUUAUCCGUUUUAUCGUUGGUUUACUUUAGUGAUUGGUACGCGUGCUCGUACCUUAGUGACGGAAGUAGAAUAAAAUUCAUGUUGUAUGAUUAUUUAUAAAUUAUGCCUAAAAUUAUGAUCCAAA